AUGUGCGGGACCAAAUGGAUUAAAAAAUUGUUCUACAAGAUUUCCAUUGCCGUUGUGGCCGCUGGUGUGAAGUAUGAGACAUUUGUCAUUGGGUCCGAUGAAGACUUGGAGGUCUUGUUUCACUAUCGGCGAAGUUUUCUGGAGGUCAGAAUACCGGAGUUGUUUGCGAAGUUAGAGGAUGGCGUUGACAGCUCUGGGGCAUCUGCGUCAAAUCCUCAGUCAACGACGAUGGGUGGUGCCUCCACGUCAAUGCCAGUGGUCGCACCUUCCGGUCCGAUCCACAAUCCUCCAUGUGUUGCGAUUGGUACUGCUAGUGUGCCAAUUGGUGUCCCUGAUUUUGACUACGAGGUUGGACCAGAUCGUGUUAAUAAUGCCAUGCGAGAUGAUGAUUCAACGGAUGAGCCAGUCGAUAUUGUUGGGAACAGUGAGGAGGAUAUUCCGAGCACCACACAUACACACCAAGGAGCAUCGGGUUCCGGUACACAGCAAUAUCCUCUACACUUGUCAGCGUUGAACUUGGGAGCCAUUGGCAAACAGCGAGAGAUGGGGGAGACGUAUGUGGGUCAGGGUCUACAUGAUAUAACCGGUCUGGUGGAAUUUCGCCUUGGUCAAUCUUUCCAGAGCAAGGAAGAAGUCGUGCUGAGUGUGAAGGAUUACAGCAUCCGGCCUGGAGUUGAGUAUAGGGUGAUGGAAUUGGACCAUCUGAAAUACCAAGGGAAGUGCAAGGAGUUUAGAAAAGGGUGCACGUGGAUGAUCCGUAUCGCACUGUGGCAGCGGAAGAACACGUGGAAAGUUAGGAGGUACAACAGACCGCACAUAUGUUUGGCCACAUCCAUAUCGAUAGAUGACAGACAACUUGAUUAUCAUGUCAUCUGUGCGAGGAUCUUUCCAUUGGUCAGAGCGGAUGCGUCGGUUACGAUUAAGGUGUUGCAGGAAGCAAAUGAGGCCACCUAUGGUUUCAGGCCUAGUUAUAGGAAGGUUUGGAUGGCGAAGUAG